AUGGCUUUCGCGAGCGACAUCUCCAAGAUGAUGAUGGCGGCGCGUCCGCCGCCGAACCGUCUGCUCUCGGGAGGUUCGUCGCUGCUUCAGCGCAGCCAGAGUUCCGGAUCGCUUGCUUCCCAGCUGAGUUUUUCUUCUCGCGGAAGUCUGCCAUCGGGAACUCAGGAGCAGCAGUUUCUGGCGGCGACUGCUGCGCAGUCUCGUCCGCCUGCGAAGAACGCGUUUCUCGCCUCGAGUCUGGAGGCCAAUGCGCGUCUGCGCCUCUCUCCGGGAGCGGAAGGCAAGAGCCGCGGAAGCGCGACCGCGCAGGGCGCUCAGGCGAACUCGCAGGGGAUGGUCGUCCUCUUUCGCGGGCAACAAACUGGCGUUGGGUUCCUCCUGAAUAAACUGCUGGAAGUUCUCAAGAAGGAGGCGGGCCGCAGCUUCCACGUAAAGGAAGUCGAAAAGAGUCUCAUUCAAAUUGGAUUCAGUGGUCUCCAUCCUUUCUUCCAACCCAAUUCGGAGUUCGUGAAGCUUCUGAGCAGCAAUGAGCGGGUCGCCUACAACCCUGGAGCUCGAACGUUGGCUUUCCAUAAUCCGUACCAGACCAUCACUUCAUGCAGCGCGUUGCUGGCGAAAGUCCAACAUGAAGGAGCUCUCACAGGUUUGAAGGUCGACUCGGAGCUGCUCUGCGCGCAUGCAGACAUGACAGAAUGGAUAAAUUCGCUCCUCGCAACUCGGCAAGUUCGCGCCCUUCGAUGUAACAACAACCACUUGCGAGGGAAGCGAAAGUGUGCUGCCAUCGGCGCGACUGCAUUAGGAGGCACGACGAAUUCGGCUGCUGUCUGCGACAUUUACGCUACUCGCAAAUGCGCGAACUGUCGGCAGAACCUCUGUGGGUUGCUUCUCUAUCCUCUCGGCGAGGAAAUCUAUGAACAGGCGAGAAUGGAUCUGGACGCCGAAGUCAAAGGCCUCUGGGAUUCUAUCGUUCUCCCGCCGUUGGAAGACAUCAUCAAGCAGUGCGAUCCGAGCAGGAGCCUCUCGCGACAGAACGCGCUUGCUGCAGCUCAGGAAAAGACUCAACUGAAGAGACGCGCCGAUGCGAAGAGGGUCUCGAGAUUUCGCAGCAAAUUUCGUCGCAUCCACAACACUCACUUGUUUACUGCGGAGGAGCUGCGAGCCUUCACGAACGAACAAGCCCCCCAGUAGAGUUUUCUCUGCUGCGCAUACGUUUCCCGACGCGUUUUUCUCACUGACGAAAUGCGUAGACAGCGUCGGCGCCGAGCCAUGGCUGGACGAGGAGGCUGGCGAUACUGAAGCGUCUUUCCUCCGUUCCUUGUGUUUCACGGAACGCAGAGCUGUGCGCGUGCAUACAUGUUUGCGCGUUGUGUCGACUUCGGUGCAACCGGAAAGAAAUCAAAUUUCGACCAGGUUCUCUCGCAUGCGUCGGCGGAUGCAGAGGUCGAAACGGAGGGGGGGAACGGGGACGCGGAACCUCUCGGCGUCGAACGUCUCGUUCGCGACUUCGCCGAGCGAUAUUGACACUGUCACACGCGUCAGAAGCAUCUGUGAAAAACAGCUUUGUUCGGCAUGCACCAAAACAGAACACCCUGAACGCAGGCAGAAACC